CACUGCCAACUCACACUCACCAAUCUUAGGUCCUCAUUCAUCGUCUCAUCCCCACCCAGCGCCGCCUCCGCCGCUUCGGCUUCGAUUUCCGGCGACGAUCUCCUUACAAGAUGCUGCCCUUCGGCACCAUCGAUGAGGCUUCCGCAUUCCUUGGCCGGAACUUGACCUUCGCAGAGACUAUCUGGUUCAAUUACUCGGCCCGGAAAUCAGAUUACUUCUUGUACUGCCACAACAUCCUCUUCUUGUUUAUUAUCUUCUCAGUGGUGCCUCUGCCACUGGUGUUUUUGGAGAUGAAGCGAUUUGCGGCGCUCGAAAAGUACAAGAUUCAGCCCAAGGUCCAUUUUUCGCUUUCAGACAUGUUUCGGUGUUACAAGGAUGUCAUGCGUAUGUUUUUUCUCGUCGUCGGUCCUUUGCAAUUAGUAUCUUAUCCUUCGAUCAAGAUGAUUGGCAUUAGAUCAGGGUUGCCUCUUCCAUCUGUGUGGGAAAUUGUUGCACAGUUGGUGGUGUAUUUUAUAAUAGAGGAUUACACAAAUUACUGGGUUCACAGAUUCCUGCAUGGAAAAUGGGGCUAUGAGAAAAUUCACUGCGUUCACCAUGAGUACACAGCUCCGAUUGGGUUUGCUGCUCCAUAUGCACAUUGGGCUGAGGUUUUGAUUCUUGGGAUUCCAUCUUUUCUUGGGCCAGCAAUUGUUCCCGGACACAUGAUCACAUUUUGGUUGUGGAUUGCUUUACGGCAAAUUGAGGCAAUCGAGACACACAGUGGAUAUGACUUCCCCUGGACUCCAACAAAAUAUCUUCCAUUUUAUGGUGGUGCAGAUUACCAUGAUUACCAUCAUUAUGUUGGAGGACAAAGCCAGAGCAACUUUGCUUCAGUGUUUACUUACUGUGAUUAUAUUUAUGGAACUGACAAGGGCUAUCGAUACCAAAAGAAGAUCCUGAGAAAGUUGAAAGAGGAAAUGAAAAAUGGUGGUGUGCAGAAUGGAGGCUCAAACCCUUUUCUUUCUCAAGAUCUUAAAUCAGACUAGCUGAGCAACAGAAAUGCAAUCACUCUCUGGAAAAAGGAGUCUCUGUAUAUUCUCCCAAUUGUCCCUCAAGAGAACUACUAUUAUGAUAAAAGUCAUCCUUGGUGGUUUUGCUGGAGAUUAUCUUGGAGUUUAGCAAACUUGAUUUUGGCAGCUUGAGAAAGAAUUCAGUCCUCCUUUUUAGGUGGCAGUUCUGGAAUUUGUACUUUCUGCUGUCUUCAGAUGAAAAUUUAUGAAUCAGACUUGUUUUUUAAAAAUUUUAUGCUGUCAUUUUGAUUUUGUUACAUAAAGCUGUUCUCUUCUU